ACAACUCCUCCCCCUGUCCAACCACUCUGGGGGUAACAGCAGCAACGACAACGUUUGUAAAGUAACAAAAGACUCUUGACAAACGAGUGAGCUCUUGUGUGCGAUUUGUAUCAGGACAGGAUAUUUACUUUCCCAAGAUCUUUGAGAGCUGCCCAUGUGGGAAUGCAGGAACAAGGAAGUGUUUUUUUUAAGAAAGCUAACCUUUGUGUUUUAAGCUGGUGUUUUUGAUGCUGAGGCACUUUUCGCAAAUCACAUUGUGAAAUACUACAAAAGGAAUCUUAACGUGUUCCUGCUUCGAGAGGUGCAUUCAGUCAAAUUCACUGCAGGAGAGGUCAGACAGUCCCAAAAGGAAAGCGUUAGUAACUUCAGGAAGCUUUUUCUCCCCACCUCAAAGGAUUACUUGUAUUCAGGUGUGAUGAGGCACACCAACGGUGUUUGAGAAGUGGUUUCUGCAGGUUUUGUGGGGUCACUGUAUUCUGACCCAGCACAUGGCAGACCCACAGGGUGACUCUAACAGAGAUGGAAACACUCAGAGAGUCUGUUGUCCAUUUGGCUCUUCAGAUGUCGACCUACAAACGAGCUACCUUUGACGAGGAUGACCUGAUCGACUCCACUGUUGACGAAGUGUACCCAGAGGGCCACCAGAUAACUUUCAGGAAGUCAAAAGACCUAAGGGUCUGCUGGACCAAGCGGACCAAUCUUGAAAAAUGUCUCCUGGUUCUGACUGCCAUCCUGCUGGUGCUGCUGGUGUUGUUCGCCAUCAUUCUCUCACUCGUCUUUAAAUACAAACAUACCCCAAAGGUUUGUCUGACCGAGUCCUGUGUCAUCGUCGCCAGCAACGUCCUCAAAUCCUUGGAUCGAUCUGCUGACCCCUGCCAGAACUUCUACAAUUAUGCCUGUGGCGGCUGGAUUAAGGCCAACCCAUUGCCUGAUGGGAAGUCCCGGUGGGGAACCUUCAACAACCUGUGGGACCACAACCAGGCCAUCAUGAAGCAUCUCCUUGAAAACACCACAUUGAACACCACCAGUGAAGCAGAACGUAAAGCCCAGCAUUACUUCCAGGCCUGCAUGAACGAGCAGAAGAUCGAGGAGUUACAAGGACAGCCACUUCUUGACAUCAUUAACAAGCUCGGAGGCUGGAAUAUCACAAGACCAUGGGAUAAGGACAACUUUCAGGAAGUGCUUCAGUCUGUAACAGCUCAUUACCGGACAUCCCCAUUCUUCACCAUCUACCUGAGCACAGACUCGAAAAACUCCAACAGUAACAUCAUCCAGGUGGACCAAUCAGGCCUUGGGUUACCCUCGAGAGAUUAUUAUCUCAAUGCAACAGCCAAUGACAAGAUUCUCACGGCCUACUUGACUUACAUGGUGGAGUUGGGAGUGCUCCUGGGUGGUGAGGAGAUCUCCACGCAGGCACAGAUGCAGCAGGUGCUGGACUUUGAGGGUGCCCUUGCCAACAUCACUGUCCCCCAGGAAAACCGGCGAGAUGAAGAGCUCAUCUACAACAAGAUGAGUGUGCGGAACCUGCAGGCGUUAGCUCCUGUUAUUGAUUGGCUGCCAUUGCUUUCUGCCAUCUUCUAUCCAGUCGAGUUGAAUGACUCUGAGCCUGUGGUUGUAUACGCAAAGGAAUAUCUACAGAAGGUCUCUGACCUUAUAAACUCCACCGAUAAAUGCAUUCUCAACAACUACAUGAUAUGGAACGUUGUGAAGAAAACUGCCUACAAUCUGGAUCAUCGCUUCCAGGAAGCUGAGGAGAAACUCAUAAUGGCCAUGUCGGGAAUGAAAAAGACAUGUGACACUCGAUGGAAGACGUGUGUCAGCGACACGGAUGGUACCCUCGGGUUUUCGCUCGGAGCUCUAUUUGUCAAAGCAACAUUUGCAGAGGACAGCAAGCAAAUCGCGGAAGAGAUGAUUUCAGAAAUUAAGGCCGCAUUCGAGCAGAGUCUGAAGCAAACCGAGUGGAUGGAUGAGCAGACCAAACAAGCUGCAAAGGAAAAGGCUGAUUCGAUCUAUGACAUGAUUGGCUAUCCAAAGUUCAUCAUGGAUCCUCAGGAGUUGGAUAAACUCUUCAGUGACUACGAAGUGGUUCCUGACCUCUAUUUCCAGAAUGUUCUCCAGUUCUAUAACUUCUCUGCUCGAGUGACAGCCGAUCAGCUACGGAAACCUCCCAACAAGGAUCAGUGGAGUAUGACCCCUCCCACGGUUAAUGCUUACUACUCCCCGACAAAGAAUGAAAUUGUAUUCCCGGCUGGAAUACUGCAGGCUCCAUUCUACACCAGGGAUUAUCCAAAGGCUCUAAAUUUUGGAGGAAUUGGAGUGGUUAUGGGCCAUGAGUUAACACAUGCGUUUGAUGAUCAAGGGAGGGAGUACGACAAAGAUGGCAACCUGAGGUCAUGGUGGAAGAACUCCUCAGUGGAGGCCUUCAAACAACAGACUGAGUGCAUGAUAGAGCAGUAUAAUAACUUCACCGUCAACAGCGAGCAAGUGAAUGGCAAGCAGACACUGGGGGAGAAUAUUGCUGACAAUGGAGGUCUGAAAGCAGCCUACCAUGCCUAUGAGAACUGGGUGAAGAAGAACGGUGAAGAACUGAUCCUGCCCACGCUGGGCCUCAGCAACAGGCAGCUCUUCUUCCUUGGAUUUGCUCAGGUCUGGUGCUCGGUGCGGACCCCGGAAAGUGCCCAUGAGGGGCUUGUCACGGAUCCCCACAGCCCCUCGAUGUACAGGGUGAUUGGAACUGUGGCCAACUCGGUGGAAUUUGCCAAACACUUCAACUGCCCCCUGGGGAGCCCGAUGAACCCUGAGAGAAAGUGUAAGGUGUGGUGAUUGUGGAGAAUGGAACGCCUGAAAUUCCUGCAGCAACAAAGCGGGGAGAGACAUUGAGAGGGGAUGGGCGAGUCCUCAAUCAGGACGUUACCCCGCCUUCCAGCGGAGGGAGAUUUAUUUUAUUGAAAAGCCUGCAAAUUGCACAGUGUGAAUCUUUUACUCGAUUUCCCAAACAGUGGAUGCUACUGGAACCUGUGAGACCCCGCAAGUGACCAAAUAUCCAGGAGAUAUUGGACAGUGUUGUUCAGAGAGAGAAGGACAAUCAUCACCAGAAAAAAAACCCACAAUUGCUAAUUUGCUGCAGGACAUCACACACUUUAAAUAACUAUUUCUAUUCAGUAAAAUGAAGACUUAACAUUGUAAAAGAAUGUGACUGAGGGAUUCCCUUGGGGGUUUGCGAUGGAUCUCUGUGUCUCUGAGGGGAUCCCUGAUUGCACUGGCAAAUGGAUCUCUUCUGCCAAAGUUGGAACAUUGCCAGAAUAUACCCAGUGUUGGUUUUUGAUGUUGCUUAUCAUUUGUAGUCUUAUGUGGAAUGUACCUGCCUCAGACUAAGUACACUGAAAUGUAAUUUAAUCUGAGAGAGAAAUUCUGAAUGUUAUCUGCCUCAUUCGCCCAUUCUCAGUGUUUCCUUCCCAUUACUUUGACACAGUCGUUCUCUUGUGCACUUUGCCCCUUCACCUGGCCGGAGAUCGGGGGAGACAGACAAGUGCUCAAACCCUUCACUAACUGGCGAAUCUGCCUUGCCCCCUCAUAUACUGACACUAAAGUGAACUCCUGCAGGAGGCUGAGGAUAUCCUGGAGGAAGAUUGUUGCUUGCUUUUAUUUAAGCCCUUGCUUUUCAAUUAGCUCCAUUGACAUGUUGGUGGAUUCAUUUGCAAGCUGGGGUGUUCCUGGCCUAUCUCUGAUCAUCUUACCAGAGCCAUGCCCUGAGUACUCAAGGUCAGCUUCUUCCCACCGUGAUGUUAAUGAGUUACAUUGGGAAUGUGGUAGUAGUGUAAUCUAACAGAGAUCACCGCACCUUCAGGAGGGACCUGGCCCACUGUUAGGGACAGAUAGACAAUGCCCGCAUGCUUAAAACCUACUUUAAUGUGAACCGUGAGUGCUCUUUGAGGGAGUAUAAUGGGUGAACAGAAAGAUCCCAGAUACCUGUCUCGCUCCACGCUUAGAUAAACUGAUACUGAAAUGAGUGGUUUACCCAUGAAGAAAAGUUGGACCAACUGGAAUUUGUUUCUGCUGGAGUUCAAAAGAGUGAGGAGUGACUUGAUUGAAGUGUAUAAGAUCCUGAACGUUUGUGACAGGGUGUUUCCUGAUGAAGGUCAGUCCAGAACUAUGGGGCACUGAUAUCACAUUCAGAGACAGUGUUGUAGAUCAGAGAUGAGAGUUUUUUUUCUUUUAGAGGGUUGAAAGACUUUGGAACUGUUCUGCCUCAGAGGGUGGUGGAGGGGGGUGAUGUUGAAUGUUUUUUAAGGUGAACAUAGAUAGAAUCUUGUUAGGGAAUUGAGGAUUUGAGGAUAGAUGGAGAAGUAGAAGUUGAAGCACACGGAGAUCAGCUGUGAAUGGCAGAACAGGCUUGCAGGGCUGAAUGGCCUAUUCCUCUGAAGAUGAUUCAUGUGAAGAUGAUUAUGGUCAAAGUGGAAACGAGGUGGUGAGUAUCAAAUGGUCUAAGUCUAGUUAUGAAGGUGACUGCUCCUUAUAGCUGCAGUGAACAGUGAAGUAUGUUUCAGACAGAAUAGGACUUGUGUCCAGUAGUGCUGUUCACUGCAACAGGACAGGAAGAAUUAACUCACCAACACCUACAAAUAAAUCCAUGCAGGUGAUGGUGUUCCUGUGCACUUUCUGCUGUUGUCCUUCUGGGUGGUAGAGGUCAUGUUGGACGGUGUGGUUGAAGGGGUUUGGUGAGUUGAAGGGGAUUAGUGAGUUGAGUUGAAGGGGGUUGAUGAGAUUCGAUCAUUUGAAGAAUGUGUGUGAUAUGGGCAGCUCAUGGUAGAUUGGUUUCCAUGGUGCACAUCUGUCUGGGUGGCAACAGGUGAAUUGAAUUUUUUUUAUUCAUUCAUGGGAUGAGGGCAUCCCUGGCUAGGCAGCAUUAGUUAUCCAUCCUUAAUUGCCCAGAGGGUAGUUGGGAGUCAACCACAUCGCUGUGGGUCUGGAGUCACAUGUUGACCAGACCAGGUAAGGAUGGCAGUUUCCUUCCCUGAAGAACGCUAGUGAACCAGAUGGGUUUUCCCACAAUUGACAAUGGAUUCAUGGUUGUCAUUACACUCUUACUUCCAGAUUUCUUUCUCUUGAAUUUGAGUUCCACCAUCUGCAGUGGCAGGGUUUGAACCCAUGUCCCCAUAACACUACCUGGAUCUCUGAAUUAACAGUUCAGCAACAAUACCACUAGGCCUUCAUUACCCAGUUGGUAAGACCCAAUGUUAGGCUGGUGCUGCCUCUGUUUCAGUGCAUUUACAUUCUGCUUUAAUAAGUUACCGCACAUUGCAACUUUAAAUCAACUCAUUUUAAUUCACAUCCACCUUUUGAUGUAACUUGAGUUCUAAAGCUAAAGGCUUAUAUUUGAUGCACAAUACUAUGCUUCUCUUUGAAUUCAUUCAUGGGAAUGAGAGCAUUGCUGGCUCAGUGAUCACUAAUUGCCCAGAGAGCAGUAAAGCACCAACUACCAUUGCUGUGGGUCAGGAGUCAAAUGGAGGCCUGACCGGGUAAGGACGGCAGUUUCCAUCCCUAAGGGACAUUACAGAACCAGAUGGGUUUUUUUCAGACAAUCAGCAAUUGUUUCAUGGUCAUCAUUAAACUCUUAACUCCAGCAUUUUGUGAAUUCAAAUUCCACCUUCUGCCAUGGCAGGAUUUGAGCCCAGGUCCCCAGCACAUUACCUGGGUCUCUGGAUUAAUAGUCUCGCGAUAAUAUCACUAGGACAUUAUUUCCCCAAUUCUGAAUAACCACUUUCAAAGAAAAACAAAUUUAAAUGCACCCCCUCCCCCUCCCAAAUCCUUUUUCAGUCUGAGAGAAGCAGUAGCACUAUCAGCUACAAAAGGAUAUCAGCUUUCUGAUGCUCCACCAUGCUCCAUCCUUACAAUUACAUCCCAUCUGAUUUACUUCAUCUUCCCAAUGCUCAGGCUGCAGAAGCCUUGCUGAGAGUGGGCAAGAGGAAAUGUAUCAUCUUGGGGUCAAGGAACACCCAUGAUGUGGAAGAGAUUUGAAGAUGUUGUGAAAAUGUAAUAAUGUCAAAAGGAUGUAUGUGAAUUUAACUAAAUACCACUGGCCUUUACCACACCAUUGUAAUAGAUAUAAAAUAUAUGCAUAUGGUUGGUAUCUGGGCUGAAUAUUAUACUUACUAUUUGACUCA